GCUUUGUGGGAAUGCAGAUGCUUUUGAUGAUAUUGGGACGUCCUUAACAGUUCCCACCCUGGAGUCUGAAUGGCUGAAACAUGAGCUGGACAGGAGGACCAGCUGCAUCGUGCUGCUUUCUUAAAGCAAAAAGCAGUCAGAUCAGAUCUAGUAGACAGACUGCGAGCCAGCCAGCUGUUGGGGAUCUCAGAAGUUGUUCUCCAGGAGUGUUUUAGAGGUUUAUUUUGGCCAACAGCAACAACUGCAGGUGAAAUGCAUAUACCUACUGUGAGGAAGGGAAAUAAGUUGUUGCUAUAUUAUAGUAAAAUGUAUUUUUUCUGCUGAGGGGCGUUCACCACAUUUACCCGAUUUAGGGUGUAAACUGUUAGAAACUGUAUAAAUGUGAGAGACAGUUGUUUUCUGGCUUGUUUUGACAUGAGAAGAGGAUUACAGCUCAGAAAUCCUGAUGAACUAAGCGAACAUUUUUUGCAAUAUCAGUGGGUAGUAUUAAGAGUAUAGAAAGAUGCAUACGCAGCUGGGUUAAUACUUUCUAUCUAUUCAGGGCGGGUGUGUGGGUAACAAAGAACACAGAUCGCUUUAUGUUUAACCCUCUCUCUUAUUUCUGUGCCUUACAGCAUGCAUAGACAUAGCUUCCUUUGUCUAGUAGGGUGCUGGGUUGGUCGGAUUCAGUGUCAGGCCAGAGGACUGGGAUUUAGUAUUAUUUAAGGACGUAGUGACUGCUGGGUGUAGGGUGAUCAUGACUGGGGGCUGGUGCCCUGCUGGGUUUAGUGGUGAUCUCACAUAAUCAUUCUGCUCCAUCCAGCUGAAAACAAAACUAUCUUAAGUUUCACGUUUUUGCUGAGCUUGUUUUGUUGAAGAGAGUAAUACUAAACUCCACAGCAUGUAACUCUCCACAAUGCAGCAGACUCCUACUUAAAUGUAGUGGAUACAUCCAACUUCACAGCCAGGAAACGGAAGAAGUAGUGUAGAACCAGAAGGUCACAAUCAACUGAUCUUGGAAAUAGGACCGUGGUUUGGGAUUAAUAGGAUGGGAAUGUGGACACAUCAAUGCAUAUGAUUUCUGCAGGGCAUGGAUUAGAGUUUUUUCCUCCCUCUUGGUGCACCAGUCUUCUGUGCAUUUGUCAGGAACACUUAUGUGGGUUACAUUCCAUUGUUUUGUUCACUUGUCUUAGAAAAACCCAAACAAAAAAGCCAGGUCAAUGUCACAUUUCAGUAGAUUAAAAACAAGAAGUCUGUGAAGGAACUGAAACAAGCUUCAUUCAGAGUCAGCCUCUGCAGCUGCCAGGAGUGUUGUACAGCCAAGCUGGGAACCUCGUAGCUGAGUUGCAAGUGGGAAAGAGACAGAGAGGGAAGCCGGAGACAAACCAGCGGGGGAAUUAGGAGCUGUGACGUCGUGUCUUCCCUCCUGUGCCGAAGCAAGCAAGGGAAGGGGAGGUAGAGAAAAAAAGAGAGAGACUGAGACUUACGACCGACCGCCAUCCUGAUGAUGUGUCAGUCAAACACCCUGCAGGGACCAGAUCUGCACGCAGGGAAAUGGUGAGAUGCUGUAAAGCUUUAUCUAACCCUCCUCUCUCUUGCUACAACCUCCGCAAAGUUAAAAUUCAUGUCCGAAGGCUACGUUCAGGGAACAGCGGCAGCUGUGCCGGGGAGCAGCACCCGCAACUGGAGAGUCCAGGCCCAGCUGGCUCUGCCGGGGGCACACCAAAUAGGAGAGCCCGUUUCAGGUUGCAAUUCCCCCAGCUGGCCCUGAGGCGGAGGUUGGGCCAGCUGAGCUGUAUGUCUAGGCCUGCUCUGAAACUCCGUUCUUGGCCUCUGACUAUUCUCUAUUAUCUUCUGCCUUUCGGUGCUCUUAAACCCUUGACCAGAGUGGGAUGGAGGCCUAUGAGCAGGGUUUCUCUGUACAAAUCAGUACCAACACGACUGCUUUCACGAGCCUGGGGUCGUUUGAACCAGGUCGAGCUGCCCACCUGGCUCCGGAAGCCUGUCUACAGCCUGUAUAUCUGGACAUUUGGAGUGAACAUGAAAGAAGCAGCUGUCGAAGAUCUUCAUCACUAUAGAAACCUGAGCGAGUUCUUCCGCAGGAAGCUGAAGCCCCAGUCCCGGCCAGUCUGCUGCUAUCACAGUGUGAUCAGUCCCUCAGAUGGAAAGAUUCUGAACUUUGGACAAGUGAAAAACUGCGAAGUGGAACAGGUGAAGGGUGUCACCUACUCGCUGGAGUCCUUCCUGGGGCCGUGCACCAGCACAGAAGACGUGCAGUUUAGCCAAACCUCAUCCUGCAACUCAUUCCAGAACCAGCUAGUCACAAAGGAGGGGAACGAGCUCUAUCACUGUGUCAUCUACCUGGCGCCUGGGGACUAUCACUGCUUCCACUCGCCCACUGACUGGAGAGUGUCGCACAGACGCCACUUCCCAGGCUCCCUGAUGUCUGUGAAUCCUGGUGUUGCCCGCUGGAUCAAGGAACUCUUCUGCCAUAAUGAGCGGGUUGUACUUACUGGUGAUUGGAAACAUGGCUUUUUUUCCCUAACAGCGGUAGGAGCCACAAAUGUUGGCUCCAUCCGCAUCUACUUCGACCGGGAUUUGCAUACUAACAGCCCCUGUUACUCCAAAGGCUCUUACAAUGACUUCAGCUUUAUAACCAACAAUAACAAAGAGGGCAUCCCCAUGAGGAAAGGAGAACAUUUAGGGGAGUUUAACCUGGGCUCGACCAUCGUUCUAAUCUUCGAGGCACCCAAGGACUUCAACUUUCACCUCAAACCUGGACAGAAAAUCCGCUUUGGAGAGGCCCUGGGGUCCCUUUAGAAACUACAAGAGGAUUUUAUAUACAAAGGAACUCAAACUUCCAAGAAAAAUGCUUCACUAAUGGAAAAUAUCACUCAGCAGGACCUGGGUGAGGAAAAUAUUAGACAACACUGCGGUGUAAAACUGGGAUAGGAGUAUUUGCCCAAUAUCACAUACCUAUGCUGAGAGCAGUAAAAUAAUCAGAUGAUCCAUUUACAUAUCAGGUACAGAUGCCUUUAAGAAUGUUGACCAGGGUGGUUUCUAUCCCAUCCUGUGCCUACAGUCUUUCACACUCUCCCUUUCAAUGUGUUGCAAACUAGUUACAUUCAUACAGAGCCUGUAGGUUCCUAUUGGGCCUGCCUGCAUUCUGGAGUGACACUGGGGAGGGGUGAAGGCAGAGAGAUUAGCUACAUUUAAAGGGACACUGUUAGGUUGACCUAGACCCAAGGUUUCAGUUCUGUAAAAUAUGGUUUUCAAACUUGCAGUCCCAGAUGUCUAAUGCAAAUAUGACAUCAAAGUAUGGAAGCCAGGAAGUCAAAUUGCCUAGUCUUACUUUCAUUGUCCAACCUAGGUGAAAUGCACAAUGUAAAUUAAUGGCAUCAAUGCUGAAACCAGUAAACUAGACUCAAAUUCUGUUUAAUAACAUCCUGGUAACAGGUAUGGAAACUAAUUUUUAAAUGCCUUUUAACCUAUUAUUGUCCCUUUAAAACUGGACUUUGCACUGUAUUUUAAACCUGAAAACACUGUGUCUACAUUCCAUGUGGUUGAACUUGUCAUCUUUUUGAAAAAAGUGUAUUUUUUUAGCUUGCAGCAGUCAGACUGUUGCAUACUCUUCUCCCACUCCAUAGUUUUAUUUUUGCCAUUCUAGGCCUUAAGGAUUUUUUGUUUAUCUGAGUGGUAAUUACUCUUCUCAGUCACCCAAAAACUACUGAGCGAUUAAUCUUCUGACAUAAAACAAUACCAGGUGGUUAAGGGGUCCGCUCCCUUCUCAUUGCAGUGGGGAUGCAGCUAAAGUAUGUUUCCCCUUCUGCUGUACAUGUGCUGCUGCUUGUGUCAUAACCUUCAGGGCCUGUCACGGAGUUCUUGGUGUGGGAAUUUCUCCAUGUACAAAACAAUUUGAAAUACAUCAGGGCCUAUAGUUUAGUGCACGGAGUGAAAUGCUAUAGGCACUGACUGUGUAUUAAAAACCAUUAUGGACCUUUAGGGCAAUCCAAGGUUGCUCCCCAUGUGCACUAACUUGCUUUUCUAUCCUUCAGUGGACUUACAAAAAAAACAACCCAGCCAAACUUCCAUUUUUCUUUUGCACUCGUAGCGAGGAGAGAGAAAUUGGAGCUGAGUGCUCUGCUCUGAAGCUUCAUCCUGCAGCAACUUUCGUCUCUGUAAAUUCAUGCCAAGGAGGGUUAGAAUGGAAAUAGGAACAUGACACUCAGAAUAGGAGUUUUUAAGCUUCGCAUUACCAAUAAUGGGAUUAACAGCAACUGGUGCCAAAAGGGUUGAGAGCAACUCACUUCUACUGCAAUGUAUUGCUUGUUCUUACUGAAUAAAUUCUAUUUUGAGCCAAGGAAGUCUAUUGCCUGUAAGUGAAUAGGACACCCUGAGCUGGAAGGAAUGGACUAGCUUCUUAUCAAACCUGGCCCUCUCCCAGCUUGAGCCUUGUGUGUGGUUAUUCAUCAGGGGAGCUGGUGUUUUCUUUAAAGAUCUGCCUCCAGUUCCAAGGGGAUCUUCUGAACAAACUUUUAGAAUGAAUUAAAAAUGAGACUCAGCACUGUAUAUCUUGAUCCUGUAAAAGAGAGUCUGCCUCCCCUGGAUGUGCUAGAGAAAACAGAAUCAAGUGUGUACAGUUGGCCAAGCCCUGUACACUUGUCAGUAGGGAAGACAGACAUGUCUGGUAAUAUAGCCUGCCAAAGGCUCAUUGUAUGAUCUUGACUAUUUGGCCCUGUCUAGGUCAAUGUAGGAGAGAACUAAUCCUUUGGCUCCAAGAGUCAGCAUUUCCUCAUAUUAAAUGGGGGCUGCUUAAUAUGGCUCUUAGCAGCCCCUCCCCCUCCCCGCUUUGUUCAGCCCCUUAGUGCUAGGAAGUUCAGAACUCAUGUAUUAUGCAUCACAAUGUUCUUCUUCCAGCUAGGCAUUAAUUUUUUAAAAACUCGAUGCAAAAUACAUGCAGACAUCAUCAGCCCUAAGGGUUGAAGCUAUGACUAAUUACCCUUCAAGUACUAAAGGCUCUGUGAACAGAACAAGCCUGUUGCAAUGGGUUAGAGGAAGGAAGAAUUAAUCUCUUCCUCCACUGAGGCCUUUUGUCUUAGUUGUGGCCAGAACAACUUUAAGCUUUAAAUUCCUCACUACUCAGCAUUCACAGUAUCUGAGCACCCAGUUCGCCUAACAGGGGAUGAGAGAAGUUGCUACUGUUCACUUUAGUAUGAAUGUGUCAGAGACAGAUCAUUCUGCACCAGGUCAGCUCUUUCUGUGAUGGUCUUAGCACUGUGGAAACUUGGCUGGCUAGCAGGAAUGUCUUACCCACUGAUCAGAGGAAGUAGAAGCAGGGUUUCUGGAGAAUACUGACGAUGCUGUAACUUUCUCCAGCAGGGAGAAUCCAUUUAAUUUUUCAACUAGAACACUAGCACAGUAACACGGCUGUUACUCUGAAACCUGUUUUUGUAUGUCACACUGUAUGACUUACGAACAUUAACUUUUAAUUUCAAACAUUUUAAAAUAAAAGUCUUAUCAGCAUUGUUUUGCUUCUUAAUAAGCAGGGGAGUUUAAAUAGAUACUACAGUGAUGGUCUCUAUGAAUACUUAGCUAAGGACUGUAAUGAGUGCAGCUUUGAGCUGCACAGCAUUGUCUGCCUCAUUUAUUUACCAUAGUUGUGAUAAGAAGCAGGAAUGUCUCCCAUAUGCAUGCAGCAAAAGGAAAUGCAUGUUUAACUGGUAGUGAGGUUUGGCUUACUUCCUUCAUAAAGUUAGAGAUCAUGUACCUUAGGCCUAUGUCCUCUGACAUCAAAGAUCAAACAAACAGCCAGCCCGUUCUACCACUGAGCAUGAACUGUUUAGGGGCUUUGGAUUUGUUAUAUAUCCAAAGCAAUGCGAAUGUCCUUCACACGAGUGAUGUAGCUCUGCAGACAAUGUCUCCCUUCUAGCAGCACUUGGGUGAGAGAGUUGAUCUGCACCUCCAACUACAAGAGAAAAUGAAGGGAAGAGGAAAGGGCUAAAUUGUUAGUGAAGUCAGGAACAAUUCAUUCCAGCAAGCUGGGUCUGUAAGAGUUCUGACUGCUGUUUGGUUGAAGAGCUUUCACACUACCCCCUUGAAUAAGAAAAUAUCAAGUUACAGGACUGGGUUUCUCCUUUGGCAGCUGUGUUGUGGUUGUGAGGAAAAUGUGAAUAGUUUAAUCUACUUUGUUCAUUAUCCCCUUUGGCAGCCAUUAUCCCCCAAGGGGCCAGUAAGAAACAAGGUUUCCCCUCUUCUACCCACCCUGCUGUUACUAAUCUCCCACAACUGCCCCAUUGUGCCUUCAGCCUUUGUUUCACAAUCAUACAAAUUAGACUAAAUCUGUUCAGGGCAGGUUCCAUUUCUCUUUGCAGUACCAUGUGUUAUAAUUUUUACUCAGUAACUUUGUGGGACUGGCCUUCACACCACUAUUUGUCCACAUACCUGAUCCAGCUCUUCUUGAACUUGCUGCAUAACAUCUUGCUCCGCUGCCCCGGUGCCCACGGUACUCAUUUCUAGCCACUUGUUCAGAAUGCGCGCCUGCCGCCGGCAUGACCUGAGGGAACAGGAUCGUAGCAAGCUAGGGUGAGACACGGAAGGUGCAUUGUACAUUUAACUCAUUUGCAUCAAUAGUUGUAGAUGCCAAGGACAGUCACUACCAGCACUAGCUGCAAACAUUGUUGGAAAGGAGUUCAGUGUCACUGCUCUUUCUAGACCAUUUUAUAAAAGACUGCAUUUACAGUAAAUGCCUUUUGGCAGUAAACAUGCAAUGCCUGGCAGGAGGUAUAGGUACUUAGGGAUGAAACCCAAGCUGCAGCAUAUUAGGUGGAAGCUGGGUGGUAAGAGCCAGUUUAAAAUAAGUUUCAAAAAUAUUCUAAACAUUAUGCACCAUCAGACCCACUGUAGGAAAAACUAGCUUCACCACUGCCAUAUAAAGGACCCAUUUUCCAGUCUUUGGGCUCUGUAUGUUAGCAGGAAAACAGUGAGAAAGGGUCCCUGGAGAACACAAGAAAGGUUGGGUGUUCCUCUCCUACUUUUGGUCCACUGCUGCUUCUUUCCCUAGCAGUGGGUUCCCCCUUAAAGUCCUGUUUCAUUCUGAAAUGUGACUACAAUCCCACUUAGGAUUAUAUGUUUAUGUCUAAUUUACUACUCACAUCAACAUUUUUCUAACUGCCUAUUCUACAAAACCAGGCUGAGAUCUGAGAGCCAAGCCGGCGUCUUUCCUCCUCAUAAAUUCAGACUCAUAGUAGAGUCUGAAGACUACAUUCUGAGUCGGUUAUACCAAUUCAACCGCACGGAUUUCAGAUUAUGCCCUCAGUGACACUGGUAUGGCCACACUUCCUUCAUUGGUUGCCAUAGGUAACAGUAAACCAUUGCCAAGGAUGCACAAAAAGGUAACUCCUUCCAAGCUGUAUUGGCAGUGCAGGUCUAAUAAGAGUAAACAAAAAACCCACAACUCUUGCACACUCAAGUCAGCAGAUGUGACUGAACAGGCCCAGGAGACAGACCUGCUGAGUAAGGAGGUGUCACUUUUCAGAGCAGAACUGCACUUCCAUACAGAAAUGCAACAUUGGAUUAAGAACACUCAGUAAGGCUGGCUAAAGGGGACUUCACUACGUACUUGAGCUCCUGCUUGCUAUCGUGGUAAUGCUGCAUUUGCUGUCGGAUGUGUUGGAGCUCUGCUUCCAGCUGUUUCUGCAGCUCUGUUCCCUCCAUGGAAUAGCCUUGUCUGCUCUUACUUUCAACUGAAACCAAACACAAAGCACACACAUUAUGAUGCUGUUGAGGUUCUGUCUAUUUCCUGCUUCUUCCUCUCUGGGAAGCAGACAGGCUUGUAGGCAAAAACUUACCACUGUGCCAGGCCUGUGGGUCGUCACUGCUAUCAUGUGAUAUGCUGCCUCUGUUGUAAUAACUGGGUCCUGAAAGACCUACCUCACUUGUGAGCUUAACUGUGGAAAAGUGGCUAAAAGUUUAUAAAAUGAUCCAAUCACCUCUAACAAUAAGUGUUGAUGGGGAAAAGAUAAUGAAAGUCCAACUCAGCAUGUUACAUAAAAUUGCUUAUAAGAGUAAGCAAAAGUUAAGACAGACUGAAUUAUUCCAAACAAAAAGGCCUGCUAUAAAUCAGGGACUGUGCUGAUGUAUCUGGUAAACAAAAAAGUGUGGGUCUGGAACUCAAACAGAGAAACUGUUGUGUCAGAAGUUAGGCCUAAUUGGUGAGCAGCACAAUGAGAAGAUGGGCUAGUUUGUCCAUUACUCGACUUUUGAGGGGUUU